UUACAGGUAAGCGGUCUUGCCCGGCCGAAAUUCUCAGAAGCGGCUCCAUUCGCUGUGGAUCCGCUCGAUGCGGCUGGUUUUUCCCAACUUCUCGAAUCAGCUCUAAAUAAGAACGAUAGUGACAAGAAGCAAGAUGUCAUUGGAGACUAUUUCAUUGCUCCACAGAUGUUUGAGAAUAUAUAUCUCGGUGAAACGUUCACCUUCUAUGUCAACUGCACUAAUGAGAGCGACCAGAAAGUUACAGAUGUGACCGUCAAGUGCGAUCUGCAAACGAAUAGUCAAAGAGUGAGUUUAAACUCGAACAUCCACGAAGUUGUUUUGGAAGGAGGAAAAUGCUCGGGCCAAAUUAUCAGCCACGAAGUCAGUCAAGGAAAUGAAAAUAUACUUAUCUGCUCGGUGAACUAUAAGACGUCUUCCGAUGAAAAGAUGUACUUCCGGAAAUUUAUCAAGUUCCCCGUUAGUAAGCCAAUAGAUGUGAAGACCAAAUUCUACAACGCUGAGAAUAACGAUGUUUAUCUCGAAGCUCAAAUCGAAAACACCGCCGCUACUGCGAUGAUUCUCGAGCGUGUAGAGUUGGAACCAAGUCCUAAUUAUACGGUUACUAGUAUUCACUGCGGUGAUGCAGAAGAACUUUCUGGGAUGUACCUAAAACCUCGUGAUAUACGCCAAUUUCUCUUCUGUCUUACUCCCAAGGAUGCUCCCAGUAGUGUAUAUAAGGACAUGACCAACAUAGGCAAGCUGGAUAUGUCGUGGCGAACGAGUAUGGGUGAGCGAGGCCGUCUUCAGACUAGUCCUUUGCAGAGAAUUGCCCCUGCGCAUGGUGAUGUUCGUCUAUCGGUGGAAAAUUUGCCUGCAACAGUACCUGUCCGUAAACCAUUUACUAUAGACUGCAAGCUCUAUAACUGCUGGUGA